CAGCAAUAAAUUAUUCCACUUUCACACACCAAGGCGCUCGGACGUGGCUGAUUCGCUUGAUUUGGAUCAUCAUACUGAUUUUAAGUUCUAUCAAGUGAUUCUUAUUAUUAGUGAGUUCAGUGUUAUUACGUUAUAAGUGAAUAAUAUUGGCUUUUCGACUUAAAUUCAAUUAAUCGUGCUCGCAAGUUCCUGGAAGUAUUUUUUCCAAUAAAAUGUCUGCUUUGACUAAAGGAAUCUUCAUCGUUGGGGCCAAGCGAACGGCUUUCGGGACAUUCGGUGGAGCCUUCAAGAAUACCAACGCUACUCAACUCCAGACGGCUGCUGCCAAGGCAGCCCUUGAAGCAUCCGGAGUAAAACCAGAUCAGGUAGACUCGGUUAAUAUCGGACAGGUCUUGGUAUUGUCUUCUUCCGAUGGUGCAUUCUUACCGCGUCACGUUUCUUUGCACUGUGGAAUCCCAAUCGAGAAACCGGCCUUGGGUGUGAAUCGUCUGUGUGGAUCCGGUUUCCAAUCGAUUGUGAAUGGAGCCCAGGACAUUUUGCUUGGGGCUGCUAAAAUAUCACUCACCGGUGGUGUGGAUAACAUGAGUCAAACUCCCUACACAGUUCGAGGAACCAGAUUUGGAAUCCCCUUAGGAACCAAUCCUCAGCUAGAGGAUGCGCUUUGGGUUGGCUUGAGUGAUUCCUUCUGCAAGCUGCCAAUGGCUUUAACGGCAGAAAACCUAGCCGAAAAGUAUAAGAUUCCCCGGGAGAAGGUCGACGAAUUUGCCCUGCGCUCGCAACAGCUUUGGAAGAAAGCCAACGACGCCGGCGUAUACAAGACUGAAAUCACCCCCUUCAAACUAAAAGUCAAGGGCAAGGAAGUUGAAUUCGCUGUUGAUGAACAUCCCCGGCCACAAACCACCCUGGAAGGACUGAACAAGCUCCCAUCGCUGUUCAAGAAGAAUGGUGCCGUUACAGCUGGAACUGCUUCGGGUAUCUGCGACGGUGCGGCAGCUGUAGUCCUAGCUUCCGAAGAAGCCGUAAAACAGUACAACCUAACGCCUUUAGCUCGAUUGGUAGCCUACAGUACGGUAGGCGUUCCCCCGGAGAUUAUGGGAAUCGGACCAGUUCCAGCUAUCCAAAAUGUGCUCAAGGUGGCUGGUUUGAAGCUGGAUGACAUUGAUCUAGUAGAAAUCAACGAAGCCUUUGGAGUACAAACUCUUGCCUGUGCCCAAGAGCUGGGAAUCGAUAUGAACAAAUUCAAUCUUAACGGUGGGGCCAUCGCUCUGGGACACCCGUUGGGAGCUUCCGGUUCACGUAUCACCGGCCAUUUGGUGCACGAACUGAAGCGUAAAAAUCUCAAGCGCGCUAUUGGAUCGGCAUGCAUUGGUGGUGGUCAAGGAAUCGCUUUGCUGGUGGAAUCUGUGUGAAUGUAAGAGAUUUUUAUUUUCUACCAUUAUGUAAUUGUGCAUUUUACCUUUUGUUUUGUUAUUUACCACUCGUAAGCUUAAAGUAUAUAACUUUUGGUAUAAA